GGAAGAACAAAACAAGCUCUCCAAAUUCCAAAGCCCUCUCUCUCUCUCUCUCUCUUCUCUCUCUCCUCUCUUUCUCUCUCUUCUGUGUUAGAAAAACUCGAAAAGCUCGAGUACUUGCUGCGCAGGCCCACACGCUGCAUCGUCACACCGUCAAACAACACAAGCCUCAAGACUCUCUCCCUCUCUCUCUCCCUCUCUCUCUGUCUCUCCACGGUGACCCAGAAACAUCAGCGAUGCCCUGAAGACGACGAUGGCGAGAGCGCGAGGCUUGAGCUUGGCCGGUCAUCAAUGGCCGCCGAUCGGAGCUCCUCACUACCACCACCACCACCACCACCACCACCCUCAGCACGACCCCAGCUCGCUGACGACGCCGCGCGACGGCGGCAGCGGCGGGAGCCAGUUCGAGUACGACUCCGUCAACGCGGUGUCCUUCGGCUUCGUGGCCACCGCCGUCCUCAUCUCCAUGUUCUUGGUCAUGGCCAUCUUCGAGAAGUUCCUCCGCCCCUCCCCGUCCCCGUCCCCCUCCCCACGCGACGGCGCUCGGCAGCGCGUGGAUCUCGAGCCCCGGGACCACGCCGGGAAACUCGGCCACCCGUCCCCUAAAAUGACCGUGUAUGAUGACGGAGUUUCGGUGCUCAUGCCCGGGGACGACGUCCCGUCGUACAUCGCCCACCCAGCUCCUGUGCCUUGUCCCCGGGAAAACAUCUUGUGGCCUUCUCACCGACGCAAUGCCCCAUCUUGAUCGCCGCCUCGCGAACUCGUUUGCUCGAUCACCACACGAUCUGUCACACGGGGUUUCAGCACCCAUUGCAUUGAGCCGUGAGGAUAUUGGGGCUUUUGAUUGUCAUUCUUGAGUCAAGAAUGAGAGAGUUUUCUUGGGGUCUUCUCUUUUAGUGAUGAGCUCCCUCAUUUUCUUUGUACAGAUCAUCAUAGAGUUUGCAAAUGAAGGCCGAAAGUGGGCUUAUUUUAGCCCCCCUUCUAGUUUAGCCAA